AUGUCGGCACUAAAGUUCGUCCGGCAGAUGCGGAUAACGGCGGCGGAGCCUGGCAAGGUCAACUUUGAACUUCCCAUCGAAAAGCAGCAUACAAAUCGGUUAGGUAUACUACACGGCGCCACACUGGCCACCAUGGUCGAUACCAGCGGUUCACUUGCUCUGGCAUCUCGUGGUCUAUAUUCGACCGGAGUCUCGACAGAUCUCAGCGUGACCUACCUCAACGCUGGUGGGAAGAUUGGUGAUCUGGUCAAGGGCGAAGUCAUCUGCGACAAGUUUGGCAAAACACUUGCAUAUACAUCGGUCAAGUUUAUGAACCAAAACAACGAGAUUGUGGCUCGAGGAAGCCACACCAAAUUCGUCGCCCUCGCCUGGAAAGACGAGAAGAACAUCACGGAGCAGUUGAAGCCGGACGUCAACGAAUCCAAAGCUGGCGAAGUCACAAGGACAAGUUUCAAAUAA